AUGAUACUAUAUUAUCACCCCAACCAUUUUAAAACGACAGUCACGAUGAAAUUUCUAAAUCGUGCACAAAGACCUGUUUUAUUUACUGGUAAAAGAUAUUUGUCGACUCCAACUAAUAAUAAUAUAGAUGUUGUUCAUCGUGCAAUUUCUGCAUCUGAGCCUAUUCAUUUUUGGUCUAAAAAUGAUAUUAAAUCAAUCUAUGAGACGCCUUUGUUAAAUUUGAUAUUUGCUGCUCAGACUCAACACAGAAGAUUUAAUGAUCCAACCAAAGUUCAGCUAUGUACAUUGAUGAAUAUCAAGACUGGUGGUUGCACUGAAAAUUGUAGUUACUGUUCUCAAUCUUCAAGCAAUAAUACUGGUUUAAAAGCUGAAAAAUUGGUCUCUGUUGAAGAAGUCAAAGAAGAAGCUUUGUUAGCAAAGAAAAAUGGAUCAACUAGAUUCUGCUUGGGGGCUGCUUGGAGAAGUAUGGACGGUAGAAAGAGUGCUUUAAAGACAAUUUCUAAGAUGGUUCAGACUGUGAAUGACAUUGGGUUGGAGAGUUGUGUCACACUAGGUAUGCUUGAUAAAUCUCAUUCAGACACAUUAAAGGAUGCAGGUUUAUCAGCUUAUAAUUGUAACAUUGAUACCUCAAGAGAACAUUAUAAAAACAUUGUUUCUACAAGAACUUAUGAUGACCGUUUGAGAACAUUGAAUAAUGUCAGUAAAUCUGGUAUCAAAGUAUGUACUGGUGGUAUCCUGGGACUUGGCGAAUCACAUGAUGACAGAAUUGGAUUCUUGUACACAUUGUCAAAUACAAAUCCUCAUCCAGAAUCAGUUCCAAUAAACAGAUUGGUAGAAAUCGAUGGUACUAAGAUUGUUAAUGAUCUUAAGAAGAGUAAAAAUCCCAAGUUAAAAUUCGAGGACAUUGUGAGAACAAUUGCUACUGCGAGAAUUAUCAUGCCAAAAACCAUGAUUAGAUUAGCUGCAGGGCGUUAUACAAUGCGGGAAUAUGAACAAUUUAUAUGUUUUAUGGCAGGGUGUAACAGUAUUUUCACUGGGAAAGAUAUGCUGACGACCCCUUGCAAUGGAUGGGAUGAAGACAAAGUUAUGUUGGCUAAAUGGGGUCUAGAGCCCUUGAAACCGUUCUCUACUACAUCCAUAUAG